CCAUUUCCAUUACUAAUGCUCAAUCCAAACGGGAGUUCGAGCGACAAAAAGGACGAACGACAAAACGGGAGUUCGACCCAGUGGACCGACGACGUCACCGCGCCAAGCCAUCACUGCGCCACGCCUCCGAGAUUCCGGGGUCUACGCCUGACGCAUCCGCGCUCGCAGCCUCGCACCGUCGCACACUGACACUUUCAACGUCGCACGGCUUGCUGAGUCGCUGCCUCGCUGGAAUCUGGAGACCGGAAUCGCCGCCGCCCGCCUCGCUGAAGAGUGAAGACUGAAUGUCUCGGUGAUGAGUGGUGAGACUAUGAUACUUGCCUCCGUCCUUUCUACAACUUUCAAUGUUCUAAAACAAAAAUGCUCCAUCAAUUCCACAUCGAAUGGCAAAAAACAAUGCUUUGUCACUCAAACAUAUUGCCAGUACUGCCAUUAUCCACCCGAACUCGACACUCCUAGCGAAGCUCUUAGAUUAUUGCAUCAGCACAAGGUCACCAUUGGCAGCGCGUUCUGUGCAUGGGAGGGUCCUGAAGAGUAAUUUCAUCCAUGAGGUCUUCAUCAACAACCGGCUCAUCGAUGCUUAUGGCAAAUGUUUUCUAUUACAGGAAGCCUGUCAGGUGUUUGAUAAAAUGCCCGAUAAGAACACUUUUACUUGGAACUCCAUGAUCAAUGCCUUCACGGCAUCUAAACGUGUUGAUGAGGCAGAGGAGCUUUUUUCAUUGAUGGUGGAUCCUGAUCAGUGUUCGUGGAACUUGAUGGUUUCGAGCUUUGCCCAGUGUGAAAUGUUUGAUUUAUCUGUGGAAUAUUUUGCGAGAAUGCACAGUGAGGACUUUCUGCUGAAUAAGUACUCUUACGGUAGUGCACUUAGCGCUUGUGCUGGACUUAGGGACUUGACAGCAGGUACUCAAAUCCACUCUUCUAUUGCAAAGUCAAAAUUUUCUUUUGAUGUGUAUAUGGGGUCUGCACUCAUUGAUAUGUACUCAAAAUGUGGGAAUGUGGGGUGUGCUCAAAAGGUUUUUGAUGAUAUGUGGGGUCCCAAUGUGGUCUCAUGGAAUAGUUUGAUCACAUGUUACGAGCAAAAUGGGCCCGCUAGUAGGGCACUAGACAUUUUUGUCAUGAUGAUGCACCAUGGGUUUGUGCCCGAUGAGAUGACCUUAGCAAGUUCUGUAAGUGCUUGUGCAAGCUUGGCCUUACUUAGAGAAGGCCGUGAAAUCCAUGGCCGAGUGAUGAAGUUUCAUAAGUUCAGAGAUGACCUCAUCAUAACCAAUGCUUUGGUUGAUUUCUAUGCAAAGUGUGGCAAGAUCAAUGAGGCAAGAAAAAUCUUUGAUAAGAUGCCUGUAAGGAGUGUGGUGUCUCAUACCUCUAUGGUUAGUGGUUAUGCAAGGUCUGAGUGUGUGAAAGCGGCUAGAGCAAUGUUUAGUGGGAUGAUGGAAAAGAAUGUGGUGUCCUGGAAUGCACUUAUUGCUGGAUACACCCAAAAUGGGGAAAAUGAGGAGGCAUUAAAUCUCUUUCUUUUGUUAAAACGGGAGUGUGUUUGGCCAACUCAUUAUACCUUUGGGAACCUCCUAAACGCUUGUUCAAAUCUCUCAGAUCUCAGGCUUGGUAGGCAGUCUCAUGCGCAUGUUUUGAAACAUGGGUUUCAUUUCCAGAAUGGACCUGAACCAGAUGUUUUUGUGGGGAAUGCUCUGAUAGAUAUGUAUAUGAAGUGUGGAUCGGUUGAAGAAGGUCAACGGGUUUUCAAAAACAUGACCGAUAGAGAUCGGGUUUCAUGGAAUUCGAUGAUCGUAGGGUUUGCACAAAAUGGGAAAGCAAAUGAAGCACUUGGGAUCUUCAAUGAUAUGUUGAUAUCUGGAAUGAAGCCGGAUCAUGUGACCUUGAUCGGAGUUCUUUGUGCGUGCAGCCAUGCGGGGCUAGUUGACGAGGGUCGCCGCUAUUUUUAUUCCAUGAGAGAGUAUGAUUUGGAACCUUUGAAAGACCACUAUACAUGUAUGGUUGAUUUACUUGGUAGGGCUGGUUGCUUAGACGAAGCAAGGAGUUUGGUGAAAUCAAUGCCAAUGCCUCCUGACGGUGUUUUAUGGGGAUCUUUGCUCUCUUCUUGUAAAACCCAUGGUGAUAUGGAGUUGGGUAUGCAUGUAGCUAAGAAGCUUUUGGACUUGGACCCUGAAAAUUCAGGCCUUUAUGUGCUUCUAUCAAACAUGUAUGCUGAGUUAGGGCACUGGAAAGAUGUUACAAGAGUGCGUAAACUCAUGAGACAGCGUGGUGUUGUUAAGCAGCCUGGUUGCAGUUGGAUUGAGAUACAGAAUUUGGUCCAUGUUUUUAUGGUUAAAGAUGGCAGGCACCCAGAGAAGGAGGAGAUAUAUCUGUCCCUGAACACUCUCACUGAACUGAUGAGACUCUUUGGGGUUGAGCCUGAGUUCGAUGCUGGGGAGUUCUAUAUCAACAGUUCCCUGUCAGUAAGUCACCAGAAUCUCUCUUGCCACUAACAUCACUUAAAAAUCCUCAUAGUUCAACGGUCUCACUACUUUCAUGAUAUUUUUAGUCCAACGUUUGUGAGGAUGAGUAGAGAUCUUGUGCUGACCGCCUGAUUGGAACUCCUGUCCAGCUAAGGCCAUUUGGAGUCCGUGGUGGAAUUUUUUAUGAUUUUUUAAACAUGUUCUUCAUGAAGUGUAGUUUAUGCCCACAAAAUUUCAGAUUUAAAUUCAAUCGGAAAGUCAGAAUUAUUGAAACAUGUUAUUUUUUGAGGGAAAAUUAUUGAAACAUAUUCCGCUUUAUAUAUACAUAAAGCGCAACAUGCCUCAAUAAUUUAUUUAACUGACUUCCCGAUUGAUUUAAGCUGAAAUUUUGUGGAGAUAAUCUACUUGAUAAAAAACGUGCUCAUAAAAUUUCAUUAAAAAUUUCCAUCAAGAAGGGCUCCAAAUGGCCUUGGUCGUUCUGGUGCGGACUGACUGAAGAGAUCAAUUCUCUGUGAUGGUUAGAGCAAUAUCUUUGACUUAAUUAUAAUUAUAUUGUGAUAUUCUUCCAUUAAAAUAUUCCACCUACGAGGUGAAUGUUAAUUUGCUGCGAGUUAGUUUGGUUUUGCAGAUAUUUUUCCAUAAUGA